AUGCUGGGUCUUGUAGUUCUCCAGGCAAAAGUGAAACUGAUUCUGGCGGAAAGGGGCGGCGCUAGCUCGUGGACGCCAAGAACCGCCCCAGGGCGCACCCAGAGCCUAGCCGGGAAAAGGGGCGCGAGCGGCCUCGGGCGGGUUCCAUCGGCAAAGCUAGAGUGUUACCGUACCCGUUACCCGGCGAGGGAGGGCAGGGGCGACCGAGCAGUCUCGCGCGAUCGGAGUCACUGCGCCACAAUUGCAGGAGAAAGCGAGGCCCAAGGAGAAGCGGCCGCCCUCGUUUGCAGUCUCGCCUGCAGCAGCGGCAGCAGAGACAGCGGCGGCGGUCACCACAGCAGCAGUCACCGCAGCGGCGGCGGCGCUCCGGCCCCGGCUCCGCCCCCACCUCCGGCUCCGGCUCCAGACCCAGGCCCGGCCCCAGCUCCAGCCCCAGCUCCAGCUCCAGCCCCAGCUCCAGCAGGAGCAGCAGCGAGCGCAACCUUCGGCGGCGCGGCAGACAGCGCCAAGACCCAGGAGAGAAAGCCGGAGCGAUUCAAAGAGAAGAAGGAGAUGCUGAGCAAGGUGAUCAUUCGGAGAUUGCCUCCUACUUUGACUAAGGAACAGCUUGAAGAACACCUUCAGCCUCUGCCUGAACAUGAUUAUUUUGAGUUCUUUGCAAAUGAUUCUAGUUUGUAUCCUCAUAUGUUUUCUAGAGCAUACAUCAACUUUAAAAACCAGGAGGACAUUGUUUUGUUCAGGGAUCGCUUUGAUGGUUAUGUUUUCGUUGAUCAUAAAGGUCAGGAGUAUCCUGCCAUAGUGGAAUUCGCUCCUUUCCAAAAAUCAGCCAAAAAGAAGAACAAGAAGAAAGAUGCCAAAACUGGGACUAUUGAGGAUGACCCUGAGUACAAGAAAUUUUUGGAGAGUUAUUGUGCAGAGGAAGAGAAACUGACGUCCACUCCGGAGACUCUGUUAGAAGAAAUAGAAGCGAGAAAUAAAGAGCUGAUAGCCAAGAAGACAACUCCCCUUUUGAACUUCUUGAAAAAUAAACAGAGGAUGAGGGAAGAAAAGAGAGAAGAGAGACGGCGGAGAGAGAUUGAGAGAAAAAGGCAAAGAGAAGAAGAACGGAGAAAAUGGAAGGAAGAAGAGAGAAGAAAAAGAAAGGAUACGGACAAGAUAAAGAAGAUUGAAAGAGGUCCAGAAAAAGAGAGGGAUAGAUCAAAGGAUGAACCAAAGAUUAAGCUGCUCAAGAAGCCAGAAAGAGGAGAUGAAAAAGAAUUGGAAAAAAGGGAAAAAUCCAAGAGAUUGGACAAAGAGAAUCUGAAUGAGGAAAAAACCAGUGGGCAGAGUAGUGCCGCGGCCAAGCGUUCUGAUGGGGAGACAAAAGAAGAGAAGGCCAAGAAAUCUGAAGAUGAGGGUGGCAAAGACUACAGGGAGAGGGACAAGGACUAUGAAAGAGACAAGGAGCGAGAGAGGCAGCAACGAGAGAAGGAGAAACUGAGGCGGCAGGAAGAAGACAAAAGGAGGCAAAAGGAACGCUUUGAGAAAGAGAAGACCUUUAGAAGAAAAGAAGAAGAAAUGAAAAAGGAAAGAGAUCUACUUAGGGACAAAGGAAAGAGGCAUGAUGGUACAGAUUUAAUAGGCAACUCAGACAGAAUGACCAAAGAGGACAGAAAAGAAGAUGCAGCGAAAAGAGAUCGCAUAAGAAACAAGGACCGCCCAGCAAUGCAACUCUACCAGCCAGGUGCCCGGAGCCGGAAUCGCCUGGGACCCUACGAAGACAGCCCUUUGAAAUCUGCAGAGCCAGCUCCAGAUAAAAAGCAAGAGAAUGAGAACAAUAAUAGGAAAGAAGAGGAAUGAUGGGCCCAGAUAGCUUAACUGUUCUGACUGUGCAGACAGCCAAAGAGCAGGAAUGCAGCAGUCUAGCAGUGCCUUCCAAAAGGAGGAAUAGAGAGAAAAAAUCUCAGAGGGGCCAGGUGCUGGUGGGGCUGCCUUUCAGAUGAGCAUGAUAGGGGGGGCAAAAUCAGAAAUCUUUGUUCAAGAGGCCAAAUUGGAGGCGAUUCUUACUAUGCAGCUAUUGGAAUUUAAUUUUAGGGUUUUCAGAUAACAAUGAGGAAAAUAAUUUGAGGUUUACUUGAUUUGAGGUUUGCUUGAAUGUGGAAAUGUCUUCUGUGGCCUUAAUCAUGGCACAUCUGUGUGCUAAAGGUUGGAAGCCCGUAGCUGAUGUUGAAAGGUUUUGGUCAGCAAAGCUGAGAAUGCUUUCAUCUGAGGCGUAUUGAGCUAUCUUUGAAGGAAGACUGGCUUCACCUUAGACACGUUGUAUCAUUGGUAUUAAUUACUAAAUUGGAAUCGGCUAGAAACAGAAAGCAUCCUAUUACUUUAGGCCCUGAAAAAGAUAUCAGACUACUUCCUAUGAACAGAUGUUUUGGUUGACAUACCAGCCAUAGUCAAAUAAUGUCUACAUCUUGCGUACGGAAACGCUGGCUUUUAUUUGAAUAUAGGUUAGCAUAUGAGAAUAUUUCAAGCAUUUCUUUUUUUUUCCGAACAGAAUUAUCCCCAAAUUCAGCCCUCCAAAAUGUGUCAUUUCCAUCAUUGCUUCAUCUUAACUCCUUAUGGCACGAGUACAUUCCCUUUCCCAGGCACAACGGUCACUACCAUCUGUGGUCACCUUUUAUCAUAGGAGCUUUCAGUCUUCAUUAUUUUGUACAGAUAUCAAUAAAGAUCUGACCAGACAGCAACCCCUGAA